AACGAAGGGCUGCCCGGCCGCUGCCGAGGCUGCCCCGGCCCAGGUCGCCGAAGGAGUCGUCCAGCAUGGCCACCUUCGCCGAGGAGCUGGACGAAGAUCUGAUCCGUGAGGCCCGGGCCAACUCCCAACAUCUCCUGGGGACGCCCAUGGCUCAUGCGUUCAAAAACUACGGCGCAGACCGCGCGAAGCAGGCCAAGGACGCGGCGCUGCAGGCGAAGCUCGCCGACGCCCUGAAAACGGGCGUGAAACUCGACGAGGCGCGGCUCAACCCGAACGCGGCGCGCGAGUACGACGCGCGCCUCGCGGCCGACGUCGCGCGCGCCGCGGCGGCGGCGCACGGCACCGUGAGCGACGACGACGACGACGACGACGACGGCGAGAAGCCCGCGGAGGCGGAGGCGACGCGCGCCGACUGCCUCAAGGCGGCCGAGGUUCUCCACCGCUGCGAGCUCCUUAAACAGGAGGGCAACGCGGCCUUCCGGGCCGCGUGUGCGGAAGAAGAUGAACAUAAAGCGAGGGAGGUCGCCUUCGACGCCGCGAUCUACUACCUGGAUGUCCUGGACGCGAUCUACGUCGCGGAGCAGCGGCCGAUGGCUCCCGACCAGCAGGAGGCCAUGCGCGCCCUGAAGCUGGCGACCCUCUUGAAUCGGGGCGCGGCGCUGAACAAGCAGCUCGACUGGAAGCUGUCGCUCAAGGCUUGCAACCAGGCGCUCCUGCUCGACAAGGACAACGUCAAGGGUUUGUAUCGGCGGGCCGUGGCGCUCGCCGGCCUCGGGCAAGGGGCCGAGGCCGAGGGGGAUCUGUUGCGGGUGCUGGAGCUGGCGCCGCAGAACAAGGACGCGCAGCGGCGGCUCCGCGAGCUCCGCAAGGCCAUGAAGAAGAAGCCGAAGCAGCCGAAGAAGGCGCCUCCUUCAUCCGCGGAGGCCGAGGACGGGUUCACGCCCCUGUCUGACGACGGUGCAUAAAUCAAAUUGUCGCGGCGCGUCCCCGACUCACCAGUUGAUUCGCGCACAGGUCGCAGUCGCCGGAGGAGGCCGCGGAGCUGAAGCGCAUGGAGGCGGAUUAUAACGCCGCCAACGCCGCGAUCGCGCGCGCGCGGAAGGCGCACCCGCCGCCGCCGCCGCCGCCCGCGCCGGCACCUACCGAGGCGGACCUGGCGUUCGCGGAGGCCGUCGCCGCGGCGGAGCGCCUGCCGAAGCCGCCCUUCGACCCGUACGACGUCGUCGGUUUGGACGGCGACGGUCACUCGACAGGUGCGGACUUCGAGCGGGCCUUCGAGGAGGACAUGAGGAAGCGGGCCGCCGCCGCCUCGGGGGAGUAGUAAUCUGGUGUUUUU